AUGUUCGUUGAGGCCAACCUGCACACCUUCUCCGAUGACGACCUCGAGAAGCUGGUUGCCUCCUCGGCCAUCGGCCUCGAGCAGUGGCAGCAGUACCGUCUCCAUCUGCAGCGGAUGCGAGGCGUUGGCGAUGAAGAUAACCUUUCCGACCUGGGCAGUGAGGUUGCCGACAAUGACAUGGAGCCCCAGGAUCGCGACAGGUACCGUGACCUCAAGAGGCGUGCGGUGGAGCAGGGACUGGACGUGCAGGCGGCCCAGGAGUAUACCGACCUCCUCUCCAAGCGCAUCAUGGCGAAGGCGGGCAAGCGUGCCAGAGUGGUGUCCUCCGUCACGGCCGACAUGUACCGCAAUUUCUGCGAUGCCACGGCCAAGCAGAUGGGG